AUGGAGAUUCUAACUCUUAGAGAAAAGCUGGGGAUUCCAGAGGACGAGUCAGUAUCGAUACAGAAUAUUUUACAAAAGCGAAAGCGGGAGGCUAAAAAACUGGAGGAACUUAUGCAACAGAAUAAAAUGCUCGUCGAUGAAAAUUUAGAAAUGAAAUCCGACUUGAGGGUGUUGAAAUACAAAUUAAGUAAAUCUUCUAAAGAUUUCGAUAUAUCUGCCAGUACCGGAAACGGUAGCGUAGAAUUUUUACAUUCGACUAAACUGCCAGAAUCCGAUCAAAAAUCACCGUAUCAUAAAACGAGCACUUCGUCGUUGCAACAGAAUGUGCAAUUGGUCAUCGAAGAGAAUGAAGCUUUGAGAACGGGCAUGCACGAAAUUUUGGACAGUAUCCGUAACCAAGAUGGUAAGAGCAUAGUUGAAAUACAGUCUAGUACGUUAGAAAGACUGCUGGAAGCAUUAGACGUGAGGCAUUUGGCUGGUUGGUACCAUCCAGCGAUGAGGUUGCAGGAACACCUGAACGUUGUACAGGGCACUAACGCCGAAUUAAGAGGGCAAAUCAAAACAUUGAGAAAAGAGUUACAAAGAAAGGAUAAUAUACUCCAAACCCUGGCGUCGAAUAAGGACACAAGCCUCGAGAGAAUUUACGCGGAAGAGUCGGACAAUGAGAAAAUGGCGAUGUAUUUAACUGAGACAAAGAAGCUGCAAGAAGCUUACGAGAACGAGGCGGAGGAAUGGUCCCGACAGAAGGACUCGUUGACGCAGCAGAAAGACGAAUUGAAGAACGAGAUCGCGAAGUUGAAAUUGCAGCUGGAAGUUUACGAGCGCGCCGUGAAGAUUUUGGAGGAGGGGGAGGACGAGGUUCGGAAAGCUUUCGCGAUUAAAACCAAGGAGUACGUCGAGGCUGCUGGUGAGGUUCUUAUCGCGAGCCGGAAGAACGACGCUCAGGAGCAAAAAGACGCCAUAAAGAACGAGGCGAACUUAAGAAAAUCGCUCACCGAUGCGAACAAGCACGGCAAAACCCUGGAAUGCGAGAUUUCGAUCCUGCAGAGUAACUUGUCGAACUCCGUCAGCAAAACGGCGUACAACGAGUUGAAGGAGAGGCACGAGGAACUGAGUAUACGAUUACGAAAUUUAUUAGAGAACAGUACAACAGAAAACGAUACAGAGUUACGGUUGCUAAAGAAGGAAUUGGAACUAACGAACCAAGAGAAGAAUCAGCUUGUCGAGCUUCUGCGGAAAGAAGUCGCUUAUGAGAACGAUCAGGACUUAACGCUUCAGUUGAAGGAAGCCAGGGCGAACGAAUUGUUACAGAAACAACGGGCUGAUCAUAUGACCGGUUUAUACGAAAUUCUGCAAGUCCAGUUGGCGAAGUGUGAAGAGAAUAUGAAAGAAGUUGUCGCGGCGAAGUCCGAAUUGCAGGAACAGUUGAUUGUUCUUCAGAGGAGGCUGUCGAAGGAGGUGUUUUUCGAGAAGUCCGAAUUAUUAGAUGAUAAUAGAGUACAGGAGCUGAAGGACAAUAAUGCAGAGUUGGGGAUAGAGGUCGAGAACCUGAAGAAGUUGCUUCAGGUGUCUCAGGAAGAGGCUGAACGACAGUACUCCCUGAACACGUCGAAAACAAUGGAACUGGACAGUCUGAGGCAUCAGAUUUUGGACCUGCAGGCGGUCAGCGAAGACAAAGCCACGAUCUCGAGGCUGGACUUCGAACUGGCGAGUAAGAAACUGGCGGAGAUCGAACUGAACGCGCAGAACGUACGACUCGAGAACGAGGUGUCGCGUUUGCAGGAGGAACUGGAAAAAUUGAGGGCAACGUGCGAGGGGUUGCGUAAUUACGUUCAAGAUAGUCGAAAGCAAUGCGAACAUCGGUGCAGAACGUACGUAGGUGUCAUAGGGUUUCUGCAGAAUCAAUAUGCAGGUUGUGCUACGCUCAGUGCUCUAGACAGAAUCGCAUUGCUGUCUUCCAAAUUGAAGGACGAGCGACAGAGUAUUGAUUCUGAAUUAAAGUACGCGAAAGAGUGCCACGAGAACGCGAGACUGCAACAGGAAACGCUUACGAAUCGCUUGCAGAUCGUUGGAAGUCUGAAAGAUAUUUUGGAACAGCAAAUCGGAAGUAACAGCGUUCAGGAUAUUAUGCAACGUUUUUCAGAAUAUUCGCAGCACACUUUAAACGAUUUCAAGUACAAGCGAAAAAUAACGCAAUUCGAGUACGAACUACAAACCGCCAAUAACAAAUUCAUGGAAUACGAGUCGCUUAUAACGAGCAUGGAGCACGAGAUGAUGCAGAUCCAGAAGGCUUGGAGCAAGAGUCAAGAUCAGCAAAUGAAAAUUGCCACGUGCAAUACAGGAACGAGUCCUGUACAAUUCGAGAACAAGCACGAAUCGGUACAAGCAACGACAGCGACUAAAUCGGGGGAAAUACAAACUGACCCGUACACUUGUUGCCUGGAGAAGAAGAAUACAAGCGAAACGGAGGUGCAAACCACGUCUACGCUGAAAGACAUCGAACCAGAAGAGGAAUUACAGUCAAAGGAGAAGAAGAUGGAUCAGACAGAGAAAACGAAGUACGAAGAUACAGAAACAGAUCAGAGAGAAAAAUUGGUGUACUCGAAAGUAGAGUCUAAAGAAACAGAAAAAACAGUAGUAGUACCGAGGGAAGAAAUAAGGAACAACGAUCAAGAAAUCCACUUGCUCCACGAUCAAUUGAACCAGGCUUUAAAACUGGCCUCUGAACGAUCCGCGACAUUAGUCAAAUACGAAUUACAGAUAACCGAGUACCAAGCAAAAGUGGAGGCAUUGAACAGAACGAUAGAAGACAAGGAUUCGUUAUUGAUGCAGAAAGAGAAACUGUUGAAAGAGUACAAGUCGCCUUCUCAGUUGCAGCCGUCGAGUAGCGAAAGUAGCGACAAGCUAGCUUUGAAGUCGACGAUAAAUAGUUUACAGAAAUUGAUUGGCCAGAAGGAGGAGACGAUAACCAGAUACCAGAAUCUCCUGAAAGAGGAUAGGGACGAGCACAGCAAGGCUGCCGCGCGUUUGCAGGAGGAAAUAAAAAAUUUGCAUGCUCGUAUACAGUCGAUGCAAGCGGAGAUGCAGGGCGUUGCAACGAAAAGAGGCAACGCAACGAUCGAGCCGGAGAAAUUAACCGAUAAAGUUGAGGAAAUUGUGGCCAGAGUUGAUGUUAAGAGUGUUGUGAUGCAGACCGAGGAGAUUGCGAGGUUGAACGAAAAAGUUUCGACACUCGAGGCGGAUCUGAACAUCACGAAGGAGUUGAGUGAUCGAUGGCAUUUAUUGGCGGAGGAGAGACUGAAGCACAUGGAUCGCAUGAGGGACAGACUCGAAGAGCAACAUAAAAGUGAAUUGGAGAGUUACCGUGGGGAACUGAAAAAGUGGCAGUCUGAGGCCGACAUGCUGCGCAAACAGUUGUCCGAGAACCGUAUGUUGCUGACGAAAGGAAACAUUUCCCUGAUGAAAGAGCUUCAGGAAAAGGAGGAUAAGAUUCACGAACUCGGUCUCGUUUGUCAACGGCUACAGAACGAGAUCGAGUUAAUGGAGUCGGCUGCUAAAACUCAGCGAACGAUAACUCAAGCAGAUUCGGAGUCGAAACUGCACGAAGUUACGCAAAUUUCGCAUCGGGAUCAUACUCAACAUGUAGACGGUGUGCGCAAACAACUGCAGUCGUUGCUGGAAAAAGAGAAAACGUAUAAGCAGGAAAUCUCUGAUUUGAAGCAGCAAUUAAGUCGCAGAUACAUGUCAGUUAAAGCUCAGGAAAAGAGAGCUUCGCAGCGCGAAGCUCAGCUCGAACGUAAAGCGAAGAGUUUAGAGGAGGAGUUGGAAAAGGUGCGAGCACAAUUAGAUCGCGAGUAUUUGGCGCAAGAGGCGAAGAAGGCUAAGACCGCGGAGGAGCUUUCCCUCUGGGAAAAACAGAAAAAAUGGCAACAGACUGCCGAGAGAUUGAAAGAGAAGCUUAAAGAGAAAACGGAGGAAUAUAUGAAAUUGCUUUCGAAUUAUGAUAAACUUCGUUCAGUGGUGACGUGUAUGGAGAGAGAGAAAUGGUACUUAAAAGGGAAACUGAGAAUGGAAAACGGCACCGUAGCUGGUGGUUUGUCUGCCAGACCAAUGACAACGGUACAGCAGAACGUUAUGGAGGAGCUUCAGAAAUUGUUAAUCGAGGAUCAAAAGAGACGUAUCGCUGCCCUGGAAAUUGUUUCUCAGGGUAACAACUGCGUCGCGGCGCAAUUAGAGAAGCUAGAAAUGACCAAGGACAUUCUCGAGAAAAUGAAUCUAACCUUAGAAAGUGAGAACUUCGAGCUACGACUCGAAAUAGAAAGAGCUAACGCUGACGCGCCGAGAUUGCGAGAAAAAGUUGAGCAUUUAGAAAAAUACAUAGAUCUAUUGAAAGCAGAGAAAUCGUCCGAUUCGACGCCCAGGUUAUCAGACAGAGAAUCACAGGAGCACGGUUCAAAACAGUCGAGCAUAGAAAUGGAGAAAACUAUUUUCACGUUGAAAAGAAUCGUCGAGAAAUUACAGGCGGAGAACAAGCGUCUCAGGAUCGGUUCGAAAAAGAAUCACUUUGUCCAUCAGGGAAAAUUGUCCGUCAGACAGAGCGAUAGUUCGUUGCAAAAACAAUACGAAGCAGCUCAGAAACGCGUGGUCGCGUUGGAAGCGGAUUUGCAGCUGGCCGAGCAAAGAUUGGCCGCGUUGCAAACCGUCCAGAAGGACGACGAUUGCGGGGAGGUGCAGGUGUUGAGGGAGCAAUUGAACCACAAGUCCGAACUCUUAGACAAAGUGAAACAUUUAUUAUCGAGAGCAGCCAUGAACGAAAAGACGCUUCGACAACGUGUACAGCAAUUGGAAUCGAGGCAAACAUUGUCUACGAUACCGGAGUGUUACGUGACGCCCCCGACUGCGGAGUAA